UUAAAUGAUAAGUAGAUUAACUAUUUGAAGCCGAGUGAUAUGUACAUAUACCACGUGAUUUCAUGUCUACCAACUCUACAAAAUGCAUAUAUUUCUUUCAACUGAUUCUCAGUAUAAACAGCUGCUAUUUUCCUAAACUUCAUUAGUGAACUGUUCUUUGUAAUGGAGAUGCAUUUUCUUUGCAGUAGGAACUGAUUAGUUAAAUAUUACUGAUAUGCCCGCUGGGAGGGACUAAGGAAAACUACGAAAACCUCAGGAAAGUCAAUCUCCAGGCCCAGAUUUUAACCAGGUGCCUCCCGAGUACGAAGCAAACUUGUCAACCAAUUGACUGUGACAUUACGUAACUUCUGUCGGAACUCCUUUGAGUUAUCAGUCCAUUUUUUUUACACGUUAUGGAGGGAGUUUCUUUUUGUGUAGUGUGAUUAGAUUUCUAUUGAAACAGGUAUUAGGAAACUCGUACUCGUGCAGUGACCGACUGUGACGUGUGAGAGAGAGAAAUUAGUGUUAAUUUAUUUUGAAGUUUGAUAAUAUAACAUUUAAGUUAUUCCAUUAUCUGUGCGCUGUUAUCUUCAUUGAUUCAGAACAAGAUAGUCUAUAUAAAAGCGGCUACCUUACGAAUGCAUUUAUUUACAUUGAAAUAUAACCCAGUGAUAGAACGAACUGAAAUAGUUUCCUUCAGUUGUGGGCAGAAUAUCGCAGUGGCCAAUUGUGUGUGAUUAUAUACGGUGUCUGGUGAAGAGUUUAAAAUGUCGGUGUUUUCAAACGGGGGCUUUUUCCGAGUAGGGUUAUGUCUUGUUAUUGUCGUGUCUGCUCUGUGUGAACCUGUUCGUGGUCGUGGAACAAAAGGUGGUGGCCGAGAACUGUUUGAGCUAUCUCUUAUUCAUAUAAAUGAUUUUCACGCCCGUUUCGAGCAGACGAGUCCAUCAUCGGGGAUAUGUUUAGAGGGACAGGAAGAAUCCUGUGUUGGAGGUAUUGCGCGGAUCGCCACGGUGGUUAAAGACCUGGUGAAAGAGAGACCCAACCCAAUUUUUUUGAACGCUGGUGAUAACUUUCAGGGAACGCUGUGGUACACCAAGUUUAAAUGGAAUGUAACAGCUGAAUUCAUGAAUAUGCUACCACAUGAUGCUUUGACUUUGGGUAACCACGAAUUUGAUGAUACAAUCGCAGGAGUGAUCCCAUUCCUGGAAAAUGUGAAUGCUCCAUUUGUUGUGGCCAACAUUGAUGAUUCUGAAGAGCCUUCCAUUCAGGGGAAGUACAAGAAGUCCAUUGUUAUUGAAAGGCAAGGCAGGAAGAUUGGUAUCCUUGGCUAUGUUCUUCGUACAUUUUAUGAAUUAUCUAGUACAGGGAAACUGAAAUUCCUUGAUGAAGUAGAGACAGUAAAGAAAGAAGCAGCAGAAUUGAAGAGCCAAGGUGUGGACAUUAUUAUCGCCUUGUCCCACGCGGGCCUCGAUGUAGACCGUGAAGUGGCAGCAGCUGUGUCAGACGUAGAUGUCAUCGUUGGUGGUCAUUCCCACAGCUUUCUGUUCUCAGGAACCCCUCCCACCGGUGACUACCCUGUGGACAGCUAUCCAGUGAUCGUGGAACAUCCUGGAGGGCAUAAAGUGCUUAUUGUCCAAGCUUACGCAUAUUCAAAAUAUGUGGGUAACAUAUCUGUCUGGUUUGAUGAUGAGGGAGAGUACAUAGCAUGGGAAGGGUCGCCUAUACUUCUUGAUUACUCCAUUCCAGAAGAUCCAGACGUUGUGAAAGCGAUGAGGCCAUGGAAAGAAAUAAUUGAUGCAGAAGGAAGCCGUGUAAUUGGCAGCACCAAAGUGUUCCUUGAUGCUUCUAGUGGUGCUUGCAGGAAGGGGGAGUGUAACUUUGGAAAUCUUAUUACUAAUGCUUUCAUAGAUGAGUCUGUGAAACUGGCCCAACCAGGCUCCUGGACCAGAGCAGCUAUUGCUCUCAUAAACUCAGGAGGAAUCCGGACUUCUAUUUUUGAAACGGGAGCAGAUGGAAACAUCACAUAUGCAGAUCUGUUGACAGCUCAGCCAUUUGAAAACACAGUGGAUAUAAUAGAGUUGCAGGGGAAACAUCUACUUGAGGCACUAGAAUUCUCUGUAAGCCGUUCUUAUAGCAGCUUCCGAGGAAAUGGACGACAUAAGAGAGAUUUAGAGGCAAGGGAGUUCAGUGGUCAGGGAUUUCUCCAGAUGUCAGGUAUACAAGUAACAUUUGACCUGAGCCGGCCUGUGAUGAGUCGAGUGGUCAGAGUAGCAGUCAGGUGUGCAGAGUGUCGUGUGCCUGAGUAUGAGCCCCUGAACCUGGAGAAGUGGUAUCAGAUUUCUCUGUGUUCAUACCUUGUGAGUGGAGGAGAUGGAUUCACAGUCAUUGCAAACAAUGCCCGCAAUCAUUUCACAGGGCGUGUAGACUAUGAGGUUCUGAUUGAUUAUAUCAGCAAGAACAGCCCCAUUAUCACAGGGAUAGAAGAAAACAUUCAUAUCACCCAGGAAACUGGCUGAAGUGCUGCUUCCAUUAAACAAAAAUCGUGAACAUGUGCUGUAGUAACUUAGACCUGCAUGUGUAUUAUGUAUCAUUUUUAGAGUGCACAAAACUAAAUAAAUUUGAAAAAUUUCAACUUCAAAAAAA